GCGUAACUGGGCGCAGACACGCAGAGAUUAGUAGCACUAGCACACGAAGCAUCAGUGCAACUCUUUGGAUUUUGGUUACACCAUCGCUUUGACCUGAUAUUGUCAGAUUGUUGAUGUCCAGACGUUUCCGUCAAGAUUGAAUCAAGAGGCUUUGGAAGCUUGAGGAUGGCGUCUAAACCCGUGAAUCCUGCUCGCCUGCCAUGGCUCACAGGAUACACAAACGAAAAAUUGGAGAUCGAGGAUUCAGAAUUCUUUGACCUGUUCAUGGAGAGAGGCGACUUUGAAGCAGGGGAGCUCAACGUGUUUGUAUACAAAAUUCUAAACGAGUGUCUUCCUCAUUAUCUAUCUCCCAAAUUCCACUGUAUGAAAAGUAUGGAGCUUUCAAAGGACAACAGCUUUGUUAAUCUCCAAGCAGCACUGCACUUUUUCCUUGCCAACAACGCGCAUAGCGCAAAGCUCUACAAAGUACUAAUGUCCAGACCAAAUGAUUUGCUGUUAAGUCCAAAUAUCCUCGUUUACCUGAAGACAACAAGGAAGUUUAUGACACCUGGAUUUGAAUUGUGCACCAAGCCAAGAGACUUCAUUUUGGACCCGUGGAUUCUGGUGCAGCUACCCUUCCAACCCUCCAUUCUGCAGCAGUGGGUAGCUGCAGUGUACGUUGAGUAUUUGAAGCUACGUGAGCAGAUGGCCUUUUUCACGGUCGUAACGUUCCCGCCGAGUCUCCGUGAAAUUAUUGAAGUACUCUUUUUGCUGCAAUCUUUGUUCAUGAAAACUAUCAAGGAGGUGUUCCAUGUAUUGGACAUCAAUUGCAAGACUUCCAAUAUGGAGGAGGCCACUUCGGCAACCAUUGAAAUGAUGAAGGGUUCAGGAAUGAAACUUCUCAUUUCAAUUCUUCAGUUUGCCAUGAGUCUGGAAUGCACCAAUAUAAUUGAUUCGCUCAAGAGAAUGGCAUGGAGUGUCAAGACGCGCGACAAGUGCACGUCUCCACAAAGACGGUAUUUUGAGCACGUUGGCUUUCUGAAUAUCCCCAACAUGGUCUACGAUCUGAAUUUCUGGUCGAGGCGCAAAUACAAUGAGAUCUUUGGUUCAAUGCUUGUGAAACCGAAGAGUUCAAGUUUCAUCUCAAUUACAAGCUUAGUACCACAUGACGAGAUGCCUCAUGUAACUAAAGACAAAUUGGUGAAGCUAUGCGUGGACAAGAUUAUCAAGACUGGUUGGCUGAAAGGUAUUGACGAAAAGGCAGUUCCAGCAAUCUUUGACGAAUUGAUGGAAAAUGAUCUAGGCUAUAUACUCUGCCAGCAUUUGUUCUACAAUUGGAACCUGCACACAGAUGGCUUCUGUGAAUUUCGUGGAGAGGAUUGUGGUGUGAUCACCGAUAUUUACAAUGUGUUCUUGAGGGUGGUAGCUGCUGAGUCGCUGGGCUCCUUGGUUUCGGUGCUCCGCGCUACCAGACGCGGAGGCAUUGUAUACACAAAUGCAGUGGGAUGUGCAGGACCUUUGAUCACCGAAGAAAGCAUCAAAAAAGCUCUGUUGGACGUUGUGAAAAGAGUAGACAGCUGGAACUUAACUUUGGUUCUGGAUGACCUUAAGAAGCAGUGCCCUUCGUCAGAAAGCAUUUCACGGCAUCCUGACCUUCUUCUUGGAUUUGAAAUGGUGGCCAAGCAAUUUGAGUCAAGGAUCAAGAACACUGCCUAUAUGCUCUAUGAAAGCCUUUUGAAUGCGCCACGAGGUACCAGGAAGCUGUGCUUGGAGGUGCAGGUGGUGCACUACUUGCUUCCUGCUCUGGUUGCCCACUUUCUAGAAUUGUCCCGUACAAGUGACCAGAGUUUGCUGCCCAAAUACGCCACCUUUUUGCACCAUCUGACAAGCAGCUAUGAUUUAUCCAAAUGCCAGUACAUAAACCGUCAUACGAGUAUUACUUUUGAAGAUGUUCUGCUGGCUGAUUGCACUGCUGAAGAGUCAAAUGCAAUGCUCAGGUUGAAGUCUGAGGCAAUCAGUAAAGAGUUGGAGAGGACAGGCCUGCCCCAAAACGUGUUUGAGGUCAUUGACGACGUAUUUCUGGGCUUCACUUUCCUUAAACUUGACAGCGACGAUCAGAUUUGGCGGCCAAACUUCAAGGCCUGGUCAGCACAGGUGUACCGCUUUUUCGCCAAGGUGCUCCAUUCCAUCAAGACAACAGCCAAGCGGUAUGGUGGCGUCCAUGAGCAACCAUUCUCAUUCAACUGGGAAACGUCGCCCUUAAAGCAGUUCCUCCGUCUCCUGGAAGCAGUGGCUCGCCGAGCAAAGGAAAACAAUUUCAAGAGCUACUGGCAGCAAGUUAAGAGGCGCAUUAGCCAGCCCCAGCAGGGCGUCAGCCAUGAGCAGUUGGGCGCCCUCCUCAUGUAUCUGGGCCUGAAGCAGGUUUCCAAAGAUAAGAAAUCGAAAGUGGAGAGAAAGUUUGCGUCCAACGCGUGUGCUUUCGACCCCCUCGCGAUGGCCUACGCGGCAUUCUUGGACGAGGACUGGUCGAAACUGAAGCAGGCACUCGCUUCUUGGCUCAACCCCCACGGUGCCCUACAAGAUCCUUCUCUUGUCUCACUCAGCUUUGCAAGGGACAAUCCUGAAGUCUAUGGAACCCUGCUUGAAACCCUUGGACGCAAUAUGAAGGUGUUCAUGAAGAAGCCUGGCACGAUUACCUUCUUCCCCAUCGCUCACUGCAGGUGGUGUGGUUUGGUGGACUGUCCCGAGUUCCGUGUGUGCCAGGAGUGUCGAGAGAUGAAUGGAGAGUAUCUGGACGUCAACCUUUUCUGCUCCGAGAGAUGUGAGACUUCAGCCAUGAAUGAUGUGCACUGUAAGGAGCAUGAGCUUUUCCUAAUUGAGAAGCUUCAGGAAUCUUUCAUGUUUUAAGGUAUUUGUCCAACUAGGAAUUUUCAUUUGUUGGUAAAAUAUUUUACCAGUUAGCUUUCCAAAACUGAUUAAAUCGGUAUCGCUAGAAAA